AUGGCACUUCACUUCCCAAUCAUUUAUCUGCUUGCCUCACACAUGGACCCGGAUGAACUGUAUUCCACCGAGGAGCAAAUACCUACUCUCACAUACGACGUGAGGGAAGCAGAGGUUGUGAUUGGCAAAGUUGGCAAGAGGGAAAGGGCCCUGUUUGAGCUCCGUAGGAUUGGUCUCAAGACUAGCGAGGUGCCUUUGGGAAACCUCGAGGCAAAUGAGCCGCCGAAAAAGCGAAGGAGAGUGUCAGAGAAUGACGACACCCAGGGCCCAGAGGCUAAAGUGGGUGACAACGCAACGCCUUCGACAGUGGGAAGCCUCAUCAAGGUGGCCAAGUUGGCGUGGUUUACCGACUCGAUAGCCAAGGGAGAGGUGCUUCCCAUAGACGACUAUGUUGUUUACCAAGGCAUAAGCCUGGGACGAGAAGAGCCGUUUCCACCCGUCAAUCAUAUCGCGGCUAGCUUUAAGGAAGAUACCGCAACCUCGCCAGCUGGUGCUGACAGCUCACAUUCGAUACCUUCGUUCAAGAGACGACGAGAUCAACCACAAUCCUAUAUACCUCACCUGAUGCCUGAAUCAACUUCAGAACACGACGCCGCGGAGAACCUGCCCCCAGUACCAAGCUACCUCCAUAGCGUAUACUCUUGCCAGCGGCCCACACCUGCGAACCCUCCAAACUCGGCCUUUAUUGACCAGCUGAAGGAGAUAAGAACCACUAGGCUUCUGAACGGAGACUCUAUCGGCGUGCGGGCGUACUCGACUGCAAUAGCCACCCUGUCAGCGUACCCGUACAGCUUGACGACACAUAUAGAGGUCCAAAGGCUGCCUGGAUGCAACGAGAAAAUCGCUGUUCUCUAUCAGGAAUGGAAACAUACCGGCAAGAUUAAGGAGGUCGAGGAGGCCGCUCAAGAUCCCAGACUCAAAGUUCUCCGGGAUUUCCAUGCAACAUGGGGCGUAGGCGACACGACCGCCAGGGAUUGGUACAACAAAGGAUGGAGGGACCUCGAAGAUGUCGUAGAGUAUGGCUGGGAUUCGCUCACACGCGUCCAGCAGAUCGGCGUUAAAUACUACGACGAACUGCAGCUCAAGAUACCCCGGGAUGAGGUCGAGAAGAUCGCCGACAUAGUUCUACAGCAUGCCAACAAGAUUCGAAAUGGUUUUCAGAUGGUCAUAGUUGGCGGUUACCGCAGGGGAAAAGCUGAGAGCGGCGACGUCGACCUGAUCCUCAGCCACCCAGACGAGUCUGCGACAGAUAGGUUCGUUACGACGCUCGUAGACAGUCUCUCGGAUAGUGACUACGUCACGCACACUUUGAGCUACACGGUCAAGAACUCGGAGAGAGGCCAGAUGCCUGUGGCUUGGAAGGGUAGUGCUCCCAAGCCGCCCGGUUCAGGCUUUGACACGUUAGACAAGGCUCUGGUGGUGUGGCAGGAACCAAAGCCAGGUGCUAAGAAGAAUCCAAAUCCCCACCGGCAGGUGGACAUCAUCAUCAGCCCCUGGAAGACGGCAGGCUGUGCUGUCCUCGGCUGGACUAGCGGGACCACCUUCCAGCGAGAUAUGCGCAAGUACUGCAAGGAAAAGUUGAAUCUCAAGUUCGACAGCAGUGGGAUCAGGUCACGGGCCGAUGGCCGGUGGGUGGACCUGGAGAGCAGAGAUGGCGUGCCGGCGCCAGAUAUGCUCACUGCCGAAAGGAGGGUUUUUGAGGGACUGAAAUUGGAGUGGCAGCCGCCAACGGAGAGAAACACGGGCUGA